CAGACAAGAUAUAGAUUUGUCUGACAUUUAUCAGAUUUUGCGUUAAUGUUUUCUAUUGUUAUUGUUUUAUACCGAAAUUUAUAUAAAUACUCGAUUAGUUGGUGUUUAAGUGAUAUGUUUAGAAAUAUAAUUUGUUGUAAUAAUUUCUUAUGUAAAGAGUGUUAAGUUGUGAGGAUGUUUCGUUAAUAAAAUGUAGGUAGAAUGUCUCCGACAUAUUUAUAAGGAUUUAAAGUAUAAUCUUCAUUAUUUAUCAAAACUCAAGAUGAAUAUAUUGUGCACUAUAUGCAGUGAUCUAGUGAAUCAAGCUGAGAGCAUAUAUGUAACAAAAUGUGGUCACGUAUUUCACCACCACUGUCUCUCUCAGUGGAUAGAAAGAUCAAAAACCUGCCCUCAAUGCAGGAACAAAGUAACAGACAAGUGUAUGUUCCGUCUUUACCCGACGGUUUCCAAUGAGAAUAAUAGUGAAAAUGCGGCAACACUGCAGUCGAGGUUGGACGAUGCUGAGCUGCAGUUGAGACAGCAAAGAGUCAAGUAUAAGGAGAAGGAGGAUAAGCUUGUGAUUGCUAAUGCGGACCUGAAGAGACAGGAUGAUCUUCUAAAAUCAUAUGAGAAGCGUCUAGUGAGCUUUGACUCCAAGGUGCUAGCUCUGCGAGAACAGCUGGAGUUCUCCAACAUACAGAACAAGGAGAUGCAGCGGGUUAAAGAGGAAAAUGAGAGCUUGAAGAAGAAUAUGCAGACAUUAAACGGUCUGCAAAAGGUGCUCAACGCUACCAGUGAUGAUGUGGAGCAAAUGUUACACAGCUACUCCGAUGCACGCACUAUUGCGACUUUCGCCACUGCACUUAAAAGAGCCCUUUGCGAGUCGGAAGCGAAAAAGAAUGAGACCCGCGACCGACUUCACGCGGCCAAACAAAAGCUCGCCUUGGAGAAGAAAAAUAACGACGAUCUACAAAACAAAAUCAUAGAAUUACACGACGAACUCUUACAAGCUCAAUCAAAGUACGAGCAACUGAACUCUGAGUUACAAGAACGCAACUCCCGGCAGGAGGAUAAGCGCGUGCACGUGGUGACGGCGGAGAUCGAGUCGCCACCCAAAGUGAAUGACGUGGUGGAGACUGAUAGCUGCAAUAAUAGUUUUAACACUAUGGUGAAUAACAUAGAGACAUCGGACUCCCCGUACUUAAGCCUGAAGCAAGGCAACAUGUUCGCGCUCACGGCGUUACAGCGAGCUCCUCUCAAGCUACCUGAUAAAGUCAAGCCAUCAGAGCAACUCUACUUGAACUCAAUCAAAAACGCCACCAAGAAGCGUUUAGGAGAAAAAUCCAACACGCUGAGCACAAAACACAGCAUUUUCCACAAAAAGGAGCCGAUGAAACUCGAAGCACGAGACGACAACGUAACCAGUAGUAUGGACAUCACCUACGACGGUUUAGGAGGUCAUUCCAAACCAGACAUUUUUCCUGUACCCAAUAGGACCCCGGUCAAAAGCUGUAUACCAAAAUUGUCGGCUAAGCAUAAGUUGAAACGGCCUAACCCUACAGGUAGUCAGGAUAUCGAGAAAAUGCUCAAAAAGGUCAAGAAUAAAUAAAGGUUGGAUGUUUUUUGAAUGGUUGUAAGUACAUACCCCUUGUUUUUAGACUUGCAAGUGUAUUUAUUUGAAAAUGAAAUGGUAGGUUGUGUUUAAAAAACAAUGGCAACACUGAUUAAGUAUUGCCAGUUAAUCAUAUGAAAUAAUAAUUAAAAUGAUGAAGUUAUUCUUAGUAUCAAGUUUUCUCUAAAUCUAAGUUAUCUGUAUAAUAUAUUAUUGUUUGAAUUAUUUCAUUUUACAAAAAAAUAUGCUAUGUCUAUAAAAUAAGGGGCCUCAUUAAGUCAUCACAGAUAUACUAAUCAUAUUAAAAUGACAUAAACUCACCGUCUUAAUGUAUUAGAAAUUAAAUAAAAAGUGAAAGUAGGUAUAAAGCUGUAAGCUUAUUAUAAAAUAAUUUUAGUUAUGGCCUUAUAUAUUAAAUAUGCUAAAAUUAGAUAUAUGACAUCCAUCCCCAUGUAUUGGAAAAUUUAGAAUAUUAAGUGAUUCGGGCAAAAACCGCAGGGACCGGAGAUGCCUGGAAAAUCAGCUUUAUCACAUAAUAUUAGGGUGCAUUUUAAUAUGUAUGUGGAAUUACCAUUUUGAUAUAGUGACCCACCGUUUUAGAAAUAAGUAUUUGUAUGUCUGUCAUACCGUCUGUUGCACAAACGUCCAGUAAAGUUAAAGUUUCAUUAAACCUAUUGCUGUCACUUUUUAUCUUGUUGACAAAGAAAGAGUUAGCAAUAGAUUUAAGGAAGCUUUAACUUUAAUGGACGUUUGUGCAACUGACAAAUAGCCAUAUCAUAGAUUUGCAAUUUUGACAUGUAGGAUAAUUUCAUGAAAUAGUCUUAUUUUAAGAUGUGAGCAAUUCAAUCAUGACUUGAACAUGAAUAGGGUGUCGAUAAAAUAUUGAAUGAAAUGAAAAUCUAGAAUAUGUAACCCUUCAGUCAGUUUUCCGCAGCUGAAGUUCAUGCAUGAAAUGUAACCAUUUUAUGAAGUUUUCGAACGUAGUAUGUGUGUGCAAAUCUACGGUAUAGGAAUGACAGAUAAAUCAAUUUGCGUACACAACCAGUGAUCUUACAAAUGUGCCAACAAUAGUCUACUUAUAAUGUAUUUCCGAUGAUCGCUAUUAUUUUCUUAUUAUUGAAAUGAAGAAUGAACUAAAGUUCAGUAUUAUAAAUAGCACAUUUUCAUAACCAUGUAACCAUUCAGUGUCAAUUUAUUACUAAGAGUCGACAGACUUCAAACCAGUUUAGUAUACACAAAAAAUACUGCUUUCUCUUUUUCAGAAAUAUUCGCUUUAGUUUGGACUUCUGAAGGUCUGAAAGUACGAGUCUCUUUAAAUAACCUAACGAUUAAAGAUAUUUUUUUUUGCAUUUGUUUUUCUAAUUAAUUAAAAUUUGGCUGUAUGUCAUAUUGAUUAUUCAAAGUUCUACCAUAAUUGCGUUUAGUUUUCAGUAGUGUAAUUGAGCCAAUGGUAAAAAGACUUGUAUAGAAAGUGUAAUAAUCGAAUGGUCGCUAAGACAUGAAUUUGGUAAGAUAUGAUAGCCAAGCCUGUAUAGAGCGAUAUUUUGAUACGGAUAUACAUACUUGAAACCAGCUAUAGAUAUUGGAUGAAAGGUUGUGAACAACUCGAGAUAGGUAUUACAAUAUGGGACUGUGGUAGACUAAGAUGGAUAGUUUGACUGUCAUUUUUACGAGAAAGUUUUGCAAAAACUUAAUUAAGCUUUGGAUGUAUAACCGUCCAAGUACGUGGCUUUUUUGGAUCAAUGCUUGUUACGUAUGGUAUGCUACAAUUGGUUAAACAAUGCAGAAAUAUUAGUUCCAUGUAGUUUUAGUUUUAAUAUGGCGGGUAAAUUGUCAUCGGAGACGUAAUUUUUUAUCGUAUUUGGGAUCUCAUCACAAGCAAUAAUAAUUCGACCAGUAGAUAUUUACACAGCAACAUGAUAAGUUGGAGUAGAGAAGUUUUGAAACAACCGAUUUCAUUAUUCAUUUAGUAGUAUCCUUGAGAGACGAAAUUCCAUUGGUUGUAUAAAAGCUUCUCUGCUUUGGUAUACCAAGGUCUGAGCCUAAUGUGUGAUAGACAUUUACUGGGCGUAUUAUCCAAGUACUGUAUGCAGUAAUAGUUAUUUAAGCCUUUGUAUAUUUUUGUAAUUAAAACGAAUUUAUUUUAGUAGGUGUCUAUUUUAUCAAAUCUGUAAAUCAUACUUCUAAGAUCUUUUCAUGUCAGCCUAAGCUGUGCUCAGCUAGUUGUUAAGAUCAUAUUUAUUAUCAAUAUUUAUUUUAAGAACAAAUACUACAGUAAUAUGUGGCUGUUUAAAAAAACGAAAUAAGGGACUGAUUGAUAAUCUGUGCAGUUUGACAUGGUACUAAAUAGUGUUGCCAGCAUCGUUUUUGUAUUGCCACUGGAGCAUAAAAGAGAAUAUAGUAGAAUGAAGUGCAAUAAAAAUCUUUUUAUGUGUUAAAUCGCAAAAAUAUUUGUCCUGACACCUACUCGUUUUUUAAAUGGCCCAUCUUAGGUACUGUGUGUAUAAAGUAAUCAUACGAAUACAAUUUAGUUCUGUAAACCUUGGUGUUUUGAAAACAUUAUACAUAUAUAAAUAUUGUGAAUGGGUGUUAAUAAGUUAUGUGUAUAGUUUAUGAAUAUAAGACUGCAAGU